CCUACCCACCGAUGUCAAGCAGAGGCAGAGACUCAGCCCUGGGACAUGCUACAGCAGAUGCUGCCACAGACCCGGCCAGAAAAACCAAAGGGCUCCCAGAGACCAGGACGGACGCAGCCAUGUCAGAGCUGGUGCCCGAGCCCAGGCCUAAGCCGGCAGUGCCCAUGAAGCCCGUCAGCAUCAACGCCAACCUGCUGGGCUACAUCGGCAUCGACACCAUCAUCGAGCAGAUGCGGAAGAAGACCAUGAAGACCGGGUUCGACUUCAACAUCAUGGUCGUCGGUCAGAGUGGACUGGGCAAGUCAACGCUGGUCAACACGCUCUUCAAAUCCCAAGUGAGUCGCAAGUCCUCCAGCUGGAGCCGCGAGGAGAAGAUCCCCAAGACCGUGGAGAUCAAGGCUGUGGGGCACGUGAUAGAGGAAGGCGGUGUCAAAAUGAAGCUGACCGUCAUCGACACGCCUGGCUUUGGAGACCAGAUCAACAAUGAAAACUGCUGGGAGCCCAUUGAGAAGUACAUCAACGAGCAGUACGAGAAGUUCCUGAAGGAGGAGGUGAACAUCGCCAGGAAGAAGCGCAUCCCGGACACUCGUGUCCACUGCUGCCUCUACUUCAUCUCCCCCACGGGACACUCCUUGCGACCGCUUGACCUGGAGUUCAUGAAACACCUCAGCAAAGUGGUGAACAUCAUCCCCGUCAUAGCCAAGGCUGACACCAUGACGCUGGAGGAGAAGUCCGAGUUCAAGCAGAGGGUUCGCAAGGAGCUUGAAGUGCAUGGCAUUGAAUUCUACCCACAGAAGGAAUUUGAUGAAGAUUUGGAGGACAAGACGGAGAAUGACAAAAUCCGGGAGAGCAUGCCCUUUGCCGUGGUGGGAAGUGACAAGGAAUACCAAGUGAACGGCAAGCGGGUCCUCGGCAGGAAGACGCCCUGGGGGAUCAUUGAAGUGGAAAACCUCCACCACUGUGAGUUUGCCCUGCUUCGAGACUUUGUCAUCAGGACUCACCUCCAGGACCUCAAGGAAGUGACACACAACAUCCACUAUGAGACCUACAGGGCCAAGCGGCUCAAUGACAACGGAGGCCUCCCUCCGGGAGAAGGCCUCCUGGGCUCUGUCCUUCCACCCGUGCCAGCCACCCCCUGCCCCACUGCUGAAUGAAGGCCAUUUCAAGCGCUGCUUCUCCCUCCAUUCCUCUCAGCUGUUAUUGCUGCAGGGCCAUGACCUUUUAAGGGCUGUGUUUGUCCAGCCCACCUCCACAGCCCUUCUCUCUCUCAGGCCCUCAGCAGGUGGGAGGGGCCAGCCGCUUUAGGACAGUCGCCUUCUCCAUUUAUCCAAACACCCCUCUCCUCCCAGUGGAAUGGAGCUCUCGACAGCACUGCCCUCCUCCAUCGUCUGUGUCAGCUGGUCCCAGCCCAUCUAUAGGGUGAAAGAACUCAUCAAGAGCUUCUUCUGCCCUUGCAAACCCAUACCAGCUACUUGUUACCAUCUCCAAGGGACAUGGCAUUGCUCCCUGUCCAUCUGCAUGAGCUACUCUUGGCUUCCUUAAAGGGUCAAGAAAGCCAUUUUUCUGCUUGUCAGAUUCAUUGAUGUCAGCUGUGUGAACCCUGAUGUGGGACAAGGGUGUCUCCUUCAUUGCUUAAAACUUAUAAGGAUGGGUCACUACAGAUGUGGGGGAGUAAGGGCUAGGAUCGCUCCUUUAAAAAUCACCACUUGUGGCUGGCCCAGAGUGUGGUUACACACACUCCCCACCCCAUAAUGCAGCCACUUAGGAAGAGUGGUUUUCCGAAGAGACAUUUCUGGGUUGACUCCCUUAUCCUCAACCUUAAAAAACAAACAAACUAAACACAGACAAAAAACUCCAGAUCCCCAGAAGAUGUGAACUCUAGGAAGAAAAAAAAGCACCCAUCUGUCUACUUAGCAAUAAGAAGGAUCUCUUCCCACCCACAUUGACUAUCCCUACCCCCCACCCAGUUAAUGUGAGUAAUGACUCAGUCUGGCCACAGUUGGUCACUGUAGGCUAGUGGAAAAUACCCAAUGGAGGGCAAAGGCCCUCCUCAGAUGCAUGAAUGUUUGCGAAUGUCGGCUGCCACUGCCCCACACACUGUGUCUUUAUGGAACCUCUCCCUGCCCGCCCCUCCCCAUCUCCACCUGGACACAACUUGCUCAAAGGCUGGUGACUUGUGGGCCAUUCAUCUACAACCAAGUCCUGAUGGAGCAAGAGGCCCAAGCCUAGGGGAUGCAAGAACGACCCAUUUCUUAAAUGUUACUGGUCCCAGCCAACCUUUUGGUGACAUUAUGGUUAAAUUUCCCAAUUGAAAACAAGCCAAUGACACUCAAACUGGUUGUGUAAAUGUUGCUAGACUUUAUGUGUUGUACAACUAAACAUUGCUGUUUGAACAAUAACUGCCUGGCCUGUGUCUUAUUUGUGCUCCACUCCUUGGCCAAACAGAUAUUACAUCAUCUCACCCAUGUGUGGAGGGUGAGACAGGGACUGUCUUAAUAAGAAGUAGCCACAGAAAUUAAAGAUAGAAAUCAUUUUGUCUGGUCAGUUCAUCUUUAGUUGGACCCCAGUCAUUAUUCCCUGGGAUUUUGUAUCCAAAAUAAGUGAUGAAACUCUCACUCUUGAUCUUGAGGGAUGCAUUGCAUAGCCUGCUUCCUUCAAUGAAAACAAUGUUUUGUUUUCAUUCAGCUAAUUUUUCUAGCUUUUCCCCUCCUUUUUCCGGAAGGCAUAAAAACCAAGUCUGUCAAAGGAAUGAACCCAUCUUGCCUAGAGACUUGCCUACUUUACAAUAAAUACUUUUAAGAGUUAAGAAUUUAAAAAAUUAAAUUUAAAUCACUAGCUUGUCUCUUUUUUGAACUUAAACCCAUCCCGCCUCUCUUUGAGGUGUAUCCUCUCCUUUGUAACCAGCAAAUAGCACAACUCUCACCUGUAUAUUAUUUCUCUAAAUUUGGACAUGAUGGGUCCAUACGUGCGAUUGUGUUGGGGAUGUCAAUAUUCUGUAAGGUGAGUGCAAGGUACAGAUGAACAGUGAGGGGUCAAGACUGGAGGAAGACAAGUUCGGAGGCUGGCUCUUGGGAGUCAUUCAGGUCAAAUGAUGAGGGCCAGAACUGGAGUGCGUCG